GACACAGCUACUAAUUGCUGUUGAAUGUGUAUUAAAAAUAUAAUUACGUCCUACAAGCUACAGCCGCCAUUAGAAAGUGUAGUCAAACAGGCAACAAUUUCAACGAUGACCUAUGGACAAUCUCGAGUAGAAUGAUGGCAAAAAGGUGUAGUCAUCCAGGUAUGACUAUUCAUGGCUUUAAGACCUUAAAUCGAUUUAGCAUUUAGUUAAAAUUACUGCACAAUGUGGUAUGGUGCAACAUUGGAUGCCCAGUUUGGUAACGUAGUGCACAUUUCGUGCAGAGAGAGAAACCGACCAAUGCUAUCGCUGCCUUCCAAGCUUCAAGUUCAAAUCAUUGGACGCAUAUGCAGCGGUUUGAAGGCGAUAAGGAGAUUGAAUAGAAAGGAGAGGCGGCACACAUAUUUCGGUUCACAAUCCGUGUGGAUGUAUGACACUUCUUUAUUGAAAUCAACCGUAGGGAAAGUGUCGUUAAAGAGAAAACGAGGAUGUGAUUUCCCCCUGGGUGCAUUUGAUAUUCAUGGGGGUAAACUCACCCAGUCCUACUUUUCCAAGAGCCCUCUUGAAGCACAUGGGAAAGAUCUGUGUAGGGGAGGUACAGGAGCAUGGCUGACCGUCUGGACUAUUCCAGCGAAGCUCGGUCCAGACAAGAAUCAGCUUCCUAGCCGUCACUUCUCGACCAGAGCCUAAGCUCCUCUCAGACACACUCCUGCUUCACCAGCUCCCUGAAAUCAAUGCUAUAUUAUUUCUAUCAUGGGAUGCGUCAAAUCCAAGAAGAGUGAUCCGACCCAGUACGCCAACUCGGUGGAGAAGGUGGACAGCAAGCUUGGGAAGAGAUGGGGCGAGAAUGCGCUGCUGGUCCACUCUGAGACGGGGUCGGGGAAAGACUCUGCCCGGGUGGACCCCAUCCUGCUGGAGUACGCCCACCAGCUGUCAGAGGAGAUUGUGGCCCGGGCAGUGCAGCAGUGGCUGGAGGUGGACAGCCGCUACAGUGACAUCCCCUACAUCGAGUGUGACGUGCCAUGAGGGAAGGGGGCAGGCAGUGCAAGAGGCAUUUCUGUUCUGGGAUUCACCUUGACCCUCUGGGGAGAGAGAGACAAAUGGAUGCCCAGAAGACAGGAGACCAGACAGCACUCAGAUUCAGGGUGAAACAAAACACUACGAACAUGUACCAGCUGGAGAUGACAGAUGUUCAUCCCAAUCUAUGGUCCAAAGCCAUUUUUCUGUUUAAUUAAUACAUACUUGGAUGUUGUAACUCAUUUGGUGACAAUUUGACCUUGACUAACAGACAAAGACCUUGGCUACUCCUCUCAUAUUCAAUCUAAACCAUGUGCUUCCCUCCAUCGUUAGCUAGAGGAUGAGAGUUGGGGUGGGUUUGGUUAAACUGUAUUGGGAGCCAAUAAAGCAGGAGAGUAUCAUUGAAUCCUGCUUUGAAAAUUACCGGUUCUGCCUUUCAGUAAAAUUAUACCGUUUUUUUUGUUGUUGCUUGACGCGUGUCAUCCUGGGGCCAAAUUUCAGGUCCUAUGUAGGAAGUUAUUAAUAGGCCCCUCAAGUGGCUAGUGUUUUUCACUUGAAAUGUUUGCUGGGAUCAGCAGCUACACACCUCCCUCUCCAUCUGUCUUCCCAGACAGAAGCUCCCAGUUUAGGGUUAUUGGAUAAUGGCGUCCCAGGGUGCCUGUGGUCCACAUCCACCAACAAAGGAAACACAUUCUUCAAACUACCCAUGAAGUAGGUCCGGGACGAUACCAGUAUCGCGAUAUUCGUUAGUAUCGGGGCAAGGAAACAAAACAUGAAGCGAAUUUAACUUCAGCCCUAAUGUUGGAAACAAAAAUCAUUAUGUUGUCCCAUUUAUUUAUUUUCCAAGCUAUAGCACACAAUAUUUUACAUACAGCAGGUUUUUAAAGGACCAAAGAGCUUUGUGUUUUUAUUUUUGCCAUGGAAAGAAUAUCGCGAUACGGGUAUCGUCCCGGCCCUACCAUUAAGCAGGUCUUACCACGAGCUGCAGCAACAGAGGACCUGACUACGGUCACUUUGACAAAAUGAUGCUCUAGAAAUGUUUUACAGAGGUUCAGCGUCCUCCCAUUUUGUGAAUUUGAAUGUCAAUGACAAUAGGACAUUCCUGAGGGCUGGCUAGGUCCGCAUGCCAUGAGUAAAUCAGGACAUUAGGACGGAUUCACACACUUUUAACGGGACUUUGCUUCUGGACACAAAAAGAGUGCUGGGUUCACAAAUACCUUUUGUUUUGGCCAAAAAUGUCUAGGGCCAAGCACCCUGGUUUUUACGUACUGUAUUCUAUCCAGUGAUGAACUACUGCCAUCUGCCCCAUAGAAUUUACAGCAGAAAUAUGCAACUCUAAAAGGCCAUGCUAUUUUUAUUAAGAGCAAAUGGCUUCUUAAUUGUACGAUGCUAUUUUAACAGGCCAAAGACACACAUACUCACAACAGAGAGUUGAGUUGUUUGGAAUAGGGGACCACAACUGCCAAAGUCCUUAAUGAACGCUAAUACAAGCACAAUAUGUUUGAUGGGCUUUCUUAUGACGUUUAUUUGAGUUGAGUUUUAGUCAUAGCACGUCAGUUCCCACCCUACCACAAACAAUGUUCAAGAAGCUCUAAAAAAGGUGCAUUAGUCUAGGCUGGGCAACAUGGUACAUUAACAAGUGGACAUUAUUUCACUGGAAAAUGAAGUUUUGGUGAUGUUUUGGAAUGUGUAUCUCAAGUGAGAAUUCAGCUGCCAGGGCAUUAGGUUUGCUCAGCAAAAAAAAAUGUGGUGGUUGUGUGCUUUAACUGCUCCACCAAAAACUCCAUUACAUUUAAAAGCAACAAAUUGUGUUUAUAACGACAUUUGCACUAAUCUGGGUUGAGAGAUUAAUCUCUUGAACCAUCCCAAAAAUUCUGUAAACAAAUUGAAAAGCCUGUCGAAUGCCUCCCAGUCGAAACAGUUUGCGCGUGUAUUGCAACAACAUUUUGUGACGUUAUUCUUUGUUUUGGCUGUUUUUUGUUGUUGUCUGUUCGCGCACACAAAUAUUUUUCUUGAGGCAAGUUGAAGUUUGGUAGCCCAAGUAUAUGCCCCUUCGUCGGUGAUUGGUCAACAGUACUACUCCUAGUAGCAGUGGGAACUAUAGACAGGAUUCUUCAAAUUUUCAUGCACAUUUUCUCACUUGAAAAAUAAUGCACCAAACAUCUUAGUUAGAUGUAAAAUUAUUAAGACCUCCUCAGCAAAAAUGCCAACAUUAAUUACUAAUAAUUCUUGAUUUAUCUUCGAUUUAAUUCAGACUCUUUUGAGGAAGUGUUAUUGGCUAAGUUGUUGCUACGGCAUCUCAAGAGGGACAAACCGUAAUAUUGCUGCUUUUUUCUUGUUUUUCAAGCGAAGGUCUUUUUAAGGGAGUUUGCUAGUAGCAAACCAAACCUAGUUUGCAGACCCAUUUAGCGGUGACGCAAUUUUUUCCCCAUACUGAAUUCCUAAAUCUAAGAACUGGGAGGUGGAGGGUUUAGAAACAGAUCACAGUUAUCACUGCUUCAGCUAAAUGUUGUAACAACUUAUAGAUAAAGCUGCAAAAAACAAUACAUUCAAAAGUUGAUUUCCAUCAAGCUUGAUUUUGACUCCAGUAAAUUGGUUGAUAAAAGUAAUGUUUUACUAUGCAGAAGACAACUAGUACUACAGUAUAUAAUGUAUACAAUGCAUUCAGAAAGUAUUCCGACGCCUAGAAGUUUUCCACAUUUUGUUACAUUACAGCCUUAUUCUGAAAUGGAUUCAAAUAUUUUUUCCUCAAUCUACACACAAUACCCCAUAAUGACAAAGCAAAAACAGGUUUUUAGUCUUCUUGGGUAUGAUGCUACAAGCUUGGCACACCUGUAUUUGGGGAGUUUCUCCCAUUCUUCUCUGCAGAUCCUCACAAGCUCUCAGGUUGGAUGGGGUGCGUCGAUGCACAGCUAUGUUCAGGUCUCUCUCCAGAGUUCGAUCUGGUUCAAGAAUCACUGCGUUGUCUUGGCUGUGUGCUUAGGGUAGUUGUCCUGUUGGAAGGUGAACCUUCACUCCAGUCUGAGGUCCUGAGUAUUCUGGAGCAGGUUUUCAUCAAGGAUUUCUCUGAACUUUGCUCCAUUCAUCUUUCCCUCAAUUCUGACUAGUCUCCCAGUCCCUGCCCUUGAAAAACAUCCCCACAGCAUGAUACUGCCACCACCAUGCUUCAACGUAGGGAUGGUGCCAGGUUUCCUUCAGACGUGACACCUGGCAUUCAGGCCAAAGAGUUCAAUCUUGGUUUUCAUCAGACCAGAGAAUCUUGUUUCUCAUGGUCUGAGUCCUUUAGGUGCCUUUAGGCAAACAUGUGCCUUUUACUGAGGAGUGGCUUUGUCUAGCCACUCUACCAUAAAGGCCUGAUCGGUGGAGUGCUGCAGAGAUAGUUGUGCUUCUGGAUGGUUCUCCUAUCUCCACAGGGGAACUCUGGAGCUCUGUCAGAGUGACCAUUGGGUUCUUGGUCACCGCCCUUCUCCCCCGAUUGCUCAUUUUGGCCGGGCAGGCCAGCUCUAGAAAGAUUCUUGGUGGUUCCAAACUUCUUCCAUUUAAUAAUUAUGGAGGCCACUGUGUUCUUGGGGACCUUCAAUGCUACAGACAUUUUUUUGCUACCCUUCCCCAGAUCUGUGCCUUGACACAAUCCUGUCUCGGAGCUCUACGGACAAUUCCUUCGACAUCAUGGCUUGGUUUUUGCUCUGACACGCACUGUCAACCGUGGGACCUUUAUAUAGACAGGUGUGUGCCUUUCCAAAUCAUGUCCAAUCAAUUGAAUUUACCACAGGUGGACGCCAAUCAAGUUGUAGAAACAAUCAAGUUGUAGAAACAUCAAGGAUGAUCAAUGGAAACAGGAUGCACCUGAGCUCAAUUUAAAGUCUCAUAGCAAAGGGUCUGAAUACUUAUGUAAAUACAGUAUUUUGUUUGCUUUAUACAUUUGCAAAACAUUUGAUAAACCUGUUUUUGCUUUGCCAUUGUGGGGUAUUGUGUGUAAAUUGAUGAGGGAAAAUAAUGUAUUUAUCCAUUUUAGAGUAAGGCAGUAACGUAACAAAAUGUGGAAAAAGUCAAGGGGUCUGAACUUUCCGAGUGCACUGUAUUUCAUAAUAAUAAAACUGUGAUAGCCUUCUAAGUUACGUCGAACACAGACAUCCAAUGCUUUGGAUAUGGUCAAUGUUGCAGUUCACAAUGCUUCCAGCUUGAAUGAAAUAAGGUAUACCAACGUAUGUACAAACUAGGUAUACCUGGAUUCUUUCCUUCGAAAUAUGAUGUCAGUAUCGGUAACCAUGGCAAAAUUACAGUAACAUCAGUCUUUCAGUCAACCCUUUAGUUUGAUUAUGAACUAAAUGUGUUUUCUGUUGGGAGAUUCUAAUGCUUCCUUUGAAUCAUCUGAAUCUAUAUAUUUAUAAUAUUCAUUUCACCUGCAGCACUGUACAGGUCUGUAAAUAACUAAUUGAUUAAAAAUGUGAAUACCAAUAAAGCUGAAAUCUAUGCCUUC